AUGGGAUUAAGUCACUCUUCAAAUUAUCAUUCUUCUCAUGUAAGAAGUGUGGUGACAUCUGAACCAGUUAUUGCCGAAACAUUUCCGGAUCUAUAUCCACGUUUGGACAUUUUAGAUUUCUAUGGUAAUGAAACAUACAGACCACAAUUCGAUUUGUUUAUUCAAAGUUAUCAAUCAUUCUAUGAUCACACCUACGAAGAUAUGCGAUCAUAUUACCAAGUUUCUGGAAUUCAUGGGUUACCUUAUACGCCCUAUGAUGGUGUUACUGGUGGUGAACAUGAAUACAAUAAUCAGUCAGAAUGGGAAAAAGGUCGUUGGGGUGGAUAUUGUCAUCAUGGAGAUGUUUUAUUUGGACCAUGGCAUAGGCCAUAUAUGCUUUUAUUUGAAUCAUUGUUAGUUAAAGAGGCUAAACGGAUUGCUUUACAAUACCCGGAUAACGAAAAAGAAAAGUAUGUUGAAGCGGCAAAACAACUUCGCCAUCCCUAUUGGGAUUGGGCAGAUGAAGAAACAUUAAAAGGUGUUCCAGAAUUAUUCUUAACAUCUGAAAUCGAAAUAAAUACACCACAAGGCAAAAAAAAAGUCAAAAAUCCUUUACAAAGUUAUACUUUACCGGUUGAUCUUUCACACCCCCUUGGAGAAGGUCAUAAUCCAACUGAUAAACCCCAUUAUAAAGUUCCCAGCAGAAGACAUGUUCCAUUUACACCUGCUGGUUAUCCUACUAUCAGAUAUCCUAAUUCCAACUAUGAAGAUCAAAAUGAUGUAUUAAAUAGAAAUGUUUCCGUGUAUGUUUCUACAGUAUUUAGACCCGGAUUAUAUCAAAUGUUUCAUAUUAGCGACUACCUGCAUUUUAGCAAUCAUGGUGUAAGAUCAAAUAAUAAACAAACGGCAAAUUCCCUAUUUCCAGGCCAUCCGAGUCCUCUUAAAGUUGUUGGAACAUCACAUUUUGCAUCGAUUGAAACAGUUCAUGAUACUCUUCAUUUAAUAGUCGGUGGUCUUGGAGGUCAUAUGGCUUAUGCAGAUAUAGCUGCAUUUGAUCCAAUGUUCUAUUUCCAUCAUGUAAAUGUGGAUCGUCUUUUUGCACUUUGGCAAGAAGUAUUUCCUGAUAGCUGGAUUCAACAAAAUAUUGAUCUCAACGGAACUUUUACAGAAGAAAUGUACACAAAAAUAGAUGAACAUACAGAUCUAACACCAUUUAGAAAGACUGAAACAGAAUUCUGGAAAUCUUCAGAUAUUCGUUAUAUAGAAAAACUUGGGUAUACAUACCCUCAAGUAACAAUGUUUAAAGGUCAAGAUCCUAAAACUUUACAAGCCUAUCUUCUUAAACUUUAUAAACCUGAUCCUUAUCAUAGACGCAGAUUUUUCGUAAAGUUGACCGUAGAAUCGGGUAAAUUAAUUGGACCAUACGCUAUUAGAGUAUUUGUUGAUUUGAAAAAUGCGACUACUCAGACACCAGUAACAUCACCUCAUUUUGCUGGCCUUGUUGCCAUGUGGCGUGGUACUAAGCAUUCACAUGCUAAUAAUAACACUUUUGUCGUGGGAACUGUCGAUAUUACGGCAGCUAUGGAGCGAUUAGGAAUUCGAAGUCAAACAUACGAUGUGAGUCAAGAAGUUAAUGAUACAACAGGCUUAAUGAAUUCAACAUCAAUUUUUGACAUUGAUGAGGAUAUCAAAAUAGUUCCUGUUUUCUUGGAUGGUAAAGGAGUUAGUCCGAAAGAAGCUGGGGUUAAUAUGAUUGAAGUUUUUUCAUUCGAACACGACAAAGUUGAUAAAAAUUUCUUGGUCGAAAACACUGGUCAAUAUUAUGGCUCUAAAGAAUUUUAA